GAAUCGCUCCCUGUGCUAACAGAGAGCAGGAAGAGGAUGAUCCCCAGACUCCAGAGAGGCCUGGCGGGGCUGGGGUGGGGUAGGGGAGGAGAAGAAAUGGCCAUUCCUGCAUGCUUUUCUGAAAUGCCAUCUCAGUCAACCCUCCCAGCUGUCCUGGGCUACCAGGGUGAUGGUAUCCAUUUCUCCGUGCUCGUAUUUGGGUAGGGGCUGAGUCAGCGUUAGGGACAGGCGCUGGAAGGUUCUCGGGAUUCGUUUUGCCACUUACCAGUUCUGUGCUGUGGGGAGUUACUUCCCCUCCUCAGAUUUCUCCGUUUCCUCGUCUGCUGCCUCCUCAGAUUCUGAGAGACUGCACCAGAGCUGGCAUUUGCUCCAGCACAUCGGUCCACGCUCGGUGCUCCAUGCUCGCUGGCUCCUGGCUGCUUUUGCUACUACCUCAGCAGCUCCAGCUCAUUCACCAUCCUUCAGUGACUCCUCCCAGCCUCUGCCUUGCUCUGAAGUCAUCCUGUACGCCCUUGGCCCCACGUCCACUUGGCCAUUUCAUUGUCUUCCCUUCAUUGGCCCUCGCGGGAAUCCGGGGCCUUAUGUCUGCUUCAGGAUAACGAGACCGCGGCCAGAAGACCGAACAUGGCUUUGGAAGGCAACAUUCCAAAGGAAGUGAAUUCUGUUCUCAGUGAGCUCAAGGUGUAUAGACCAUUCAUAUUGCUUAGCUAAGAUGAUCAGGGGUCUCGCUGCCCUGGAAUUUGGACCGGGCUCCAAGAAACAGGGAGGCACCAGAUCUGGCACUCCUCCUUAGGAGAGUCCCAGUCUCUGACAGACAGGCAGAGACACCACGGCCUCAAUUCCCCGACCGAGGAACUCUAGGGAAAGCCCCGUAGAGCACGAUCUAGUGCAUUUAACCUCAUGAUAUCCCUGGGAGGUGAGUGCAUCAUUCCCCCACUUUUCAGCUGGGGAAACUGAGGCUCAGAGAAGCUAGAUCAUGACCCUAAGGUCACGUAGCUAGUAAAUAGAAAAGCUGAGAUUAGAACCCAAGUCUAUCAAUCGCCACUAUCAGAGAAGGAGACAUUUGACCAGGGUUUUGAAGGAUGAAUAGGAGUGUACCAAGAAGUCCAAUGAAAAGACAAGUGAAUUUUCAAGUUUGAGCCGUAUUAUAUUCCAAGUUUCCUUAAAGUGAGUGCUACGUGGGAACUCUAUGGCUUGAUAAUUAUGAGAGAUGAUAAAGUGGUGCCCUCAUUGUUCAGAGGGGAAAAUUGAGACCCGGAGAGGGACAGGCCUACUGGGCAGUCAGUGAGCAUGCCACUGACAGCUUUCCAUUGCGUCUCCAGCCUCUCCGAAUGUAAGAAAGCCAGCUGGGCAGCCAUGGAGCGGGACAACGGCACCACCUGCGUCUACCACGAGAACUUCAAGCAGUUCCUGCUGCCGCCUGUGUAUUCGGUGGUGCUAGCGGCCGGCCUGCCGCUGAACGUCUGCGUCAUCACCCAGAUCUGCACAUCCCACCGGGCCCUGACCCGCUCAGCCGUGUACACCUUGAACUUGGCGUUGGCCGAUCUGCUGUAUGCCUGCUCCCUGCCCCUGCUCAUCUACAACUAUGCCCAAGGGGACCACUGGCCCUUCGGGGACCUGGCCUGCCGCCUGGUGCGCUUCCUCUUCUACGCCAACUUGCACGGCAGCAUCCUCUUCCUCACCUGCAUCAGCUUCCAGCGCUACCUGGGCAUCUGCCACCCGCUGGCACCCUGGCACAAGCGUGGGGGUCGCCGGGCUGCCUGGCUAGUGUGUGGAGUCGUGUGGCUGGCUGUGACAGCCCAGUGUCUGCCCACGGCCAUCUUUGCCGCCACGGGCAUCCAGCGGAACCGCACCGUCUGCUACGACCUGAGCCCGCCUGCCCUGGCUGCCCACUACAUGCCUUAUGGCAUGGCCCUCACGGUCGUUGGGUUCCUGCUGCCCUUUGCUGCCCUGCUGGCCUGCUACUGUCGCCUGGCUCGCCGCCUAUGCCGCCAGGACAUCCUCGCGGGGCCUGUGGCCCAGGAGCGGCGUGGCAAGGCAGCCCGCAUGGCUGUGGUGGUGGCGGCUGUCUUUGCCAUCAGCUUCCUGCCUUUCCACAUCACCAAGACAGCUUACCUGGGGGUGCGCUCCACCCCGAGGGUCCCCUGCCACGUACAGGAGGCGUUCGCAGCCGCCUACAAAGUCACGCGGCCGUUCGCCAGUGCCAACAGCGUCCUGGACCCCAUCCUCUUCUACUUCACCCAAGAGAAGUUCCGCCGGCGGCCCCACGAGUUCAUGCGGAAACUCACGGCCAAGUGGCAGAGGCAGGGUCGCUGAGUCCCCUGGAUGGCACACCUGGGGCCUGGGCAGCUGUCCUGCUGUCAUGUGGCCAGGGUACCAGGAGCCCCACCAGCCCCAAACCGCGCAGCGAAUUUGAGUUCAGCUCAGCCAGGCAUGGAGGACGGUCCCUCACAGCCCCUGGAAUCUCAGUACCAAUCGUCUGUUACGGAAUUUCUCUGCAGCGGGUCCUGUGGGCAUAGAGACGGACAGGCCGGCCCCAGCCUCGAAAAGUGUCCAGUCAGCCAUGGAGAGUGGAGGAGGCCACGUGAAGCUGCUCACAGAAACAGAGUGUGGCCUGUACUCUAACGGAGGGGUGUGCUCCAUGCUUUGGAGACACCUGUGGCGGGGGUGAGAGAACACAGGAGGAGAAGGGGCAUUUGAGCUGGGUUUUGAGGGAUGAGUGUGAGCCCUGGGGGCGGGAAGAGGGGUGAGAUCGCAUCCAUUUAGCAAAGUUUACUAAAGCCCUGCCCAGACAGGUUCCCAGCUGCUGGCAGGACAGACACUGACAGUGAUGUCAAGGCCGUGACACAGGGAGGUAUGGUGGGGGAGGUGGUGCCAGAAGAUGCCACGACUCAGGCCAAGGCAUCAGGAAAGACCUCUCUGAGGAGGCCCAUCUGAACCAGAGGUCGAAGGCCAGGUCGGGGGAACUUAGCAAACGGGUGGGGAGCACUUCAGUGCAGCCUGCCCAGCCUAGCACUGGCUCCGCCCUGGGACAGACAGCAUCUGUCACCUGGGGUGCAGGGCGUGUGGCCUCGGUGCCUGAAAGCCGAGGACGCAGGAGAUGCCCCACAGCCACCCUCCAGACCAGGGCCAGAGAGAGCCAGAUGCUCCAGGCCGUGGGAGCCCAGUGGAGGGAGAACUCCAGGGGCACUGCUAAGAAGAGGUGGAACUCGAAGGGCAGAGAGGGAAGCCGCUCCUGGGAGGCCGCGUGUGUACAAACUCCGGCGGUAGAAGUGAACUGAGA